UGUACCUUGCAACCUACUGCGCAUGUGCAGCAAUAUCAAAACACCGACUAAAUGGAGAUGGUUUUAAGAGGUUGAUAAGGAAAAAGAAAUGCUCCACCAAGCUUGCAGCGGCUUCGUUUUUCUCGCGGACAUGGAAGGGAUCUGCGUGAUGCCCGAUCUGAGUGCCGUAAAGACCGAGCAGUCGGUGGGUACGGCCCCCGAUGAAACAAACCCUCAAAACGUGGCCAUGGGCAUCAAAUUCAUCCUGCCCAACCGCUUUGACAUGAACGUUUGCUCAAGAUUUGUGAAAUCGCUCAACGAGGAGGACAGCAAGAACAUCCAGGACCAGGUCAACUCUGAUCUGGAGGUGGCUUCUGUUUUAUUCAAAGCUGAGUGCAAUAUUCAGACUUCACCUUCGCCGGGCAUACAAGUGCGUCACGUCUACACGCCAUCCACCACGAAACAUUUCUCCCCCAUCAAACAGUCCACCACGCUCACCAAUAAACACAGAGGCAACGAGGUUUCCUCCACACCUCUGCUGGUGCACUCUUUGUCAAUUCACCAGCUGGCAGCACAAGGAGAAAUGGUGUUUUUGGCCAGCAGGAUUGAACAAGAGACUGUCAUCAAUCUCCAAGACGAGGAAGGUUUCACCCCGCUGAUGUGGGCGGCCGCACACGGACAAAUCGCUGUCGUUGAAUUUCUCCUCCAAAAUGGGGCCGACCCAAACCUGCUGGCUAAAGGGAGGGAGAGUGCGUUGUCCCUGGCCUGCAGUAAGGGAUACACAGAUAUUGUGAAGAUGCUCAUCGACUGUGGAGUGGAUGUAAAUGAAUACGACUGGAAUGGAGGGGCACCUCUGCUUUACGCUGUCCACGGCAACCAUGUGCGCUGUGUGGAGAUCCUGUUAGAGAGUGGUGCUGAUCCGACUAUCGAGUCAGACUCUGGAUUUAAUGCGAUGGACAUGGCCGUGGCCAUGGGCCAUCGAAAUGUCCAACAGGUGAUGGAGGCACACUUACUGAAGCUGCUGAUGGGAAUCCGGGAAUGAGCGACGGCGCCGGAGCAGGAAAACACUGGAAGGACACGGCCGGGCGCUGGACAAUCAUUUGGGGGGCAUUUUAGCGCUCCCUGAAGAAAGAUUCCAGCAGCGUUGCAUCGUUUGAUUUAAUUCGUUUUUAAUCUUGUGAGCAUGGCGCACAUGACGGGUCUUCACGGUUGGAUUUUUGUGUCGUUAAUAGUCGAGAGGUUUGUCGCUCUUCUCAUGCCAUAACGGCUUAUUGUCCGUUCCCCAUCCGUUUCUUUUGUUUUGUUUUUUUUAAAACCGACUUAACCUAACGAUGUGCCGUUUUUAAAGCUAAGAGAAUUUUAAUAUAACAUGUUCAUCUGCCUCAUGGUCAGAGUGUGCGGUCCUCACUGUGAGCACACCUCUGAGGCACGUUGCACAGGCUGUGAUUUGUUACGCUGCCAAGCUACUUGCGCGUUUCCUUAAUAUUUUUUUUGUGUUGGGUUUAUUUAUUUGGAUUGUUUAGACCAUGAAGUUGUAUUUCUGUACAGUGAUGCUGUGUUGUGAAUUUAAAAAGACCUCACACUGAAAUUAAAUGUCCCACAAGAACAUUGUAGUUCUUUUUUUUAAAGAAAAAACGAGUCAAGAAACUUUAUGUAGUGACAUUUUUCUUGAUGGUAAACAAUUAUUUAAUGAUCCGUCUUUCUAAACUGCAUCCCAUUCAUGGGGAAAAUGAUUUGUUACUGGAGAACACAUGAAAAAAGGGAAUGCUGUCUGUAUUUAACCAACAAGUCGAUGCUACGGAUAUCAUAUUUAACUACAAUUUAACUUCAAUUAAUAUACUCACAAUUUGACUGUACAUUAAAUUAAAUGUAAAAAAUAGCAUUAGUUAAAAUAAAUGCGUCAAAUUAUUCUAUUGUAAAAAAUAAAACUGUGAAAUGUUAUUUCUAAGAGUGUUUUGCCAUAAUUAAAAUAAUUAUCUCAUGGGCUUUUCUGAGUCUUGCAGAAAAAGUGCACAGCCCCGUCAUCUCUCGUAAUUCGACAUGUUCUCUCCACGAGUGACAGCAUCCUACAUAGUGCAUGUAAAACAUGCUAAUUUCACUGUUCUGCAGGAGCUCCUGUUAAUAAACUUUGAGGUGUGUAAUCCCC